AGCCGGUGUGUCUGCUUCUCAGCAAGCGCAUUUUAUCCUGCACUCUACUCACUAUUUGGUGUUUGGAUUUGUUGUAUUGUGCGAUUGAAAAAAAAACUGAGAUCUAAAUAAUCCCAUUAACAAACAUUCAUGCUGUUUAUCCAGCGUGCGGCUGCUGCGCAAUCAGUUUGCUUCUGCCUCCUUUUUGACGCAUUGGAUUUAAAGGCGAAGCAGCGGAGUUAGAUUUAGAGUUGGAGUUAUAUAUGGCUGCCUUUUUGUAGCUGUUUGGUAAUGUAGGAUACCCAAGAAGAAGAAGAAGAAGAAGAAAUGACUGUUAUUGAUUGGCUCUGUGCCUUUCGUUAAAUUUGGGAUAAGGGACGAAGAAAGGCAAAUUUGUCCCGAGACACCCGAAGAAGAAACCCGCCGGACGGACAGUCGGGGCCAAACUGGAAGGCGUCCAGCUGGUAGGCUGAGCAGUCAACAGAGAGCCUCACAAAGCAGGACACAGUGAGGGCAGUUGGGAUAGCCUAUCAAGAUAUCCACCCCUGCUGGAUCAUGGGUAACCACAAUGGCAAAGACAGCCAUGUCCCUACAGGUUCUCCUUUAGAUUUCUUCCAAACGCCUCCUACCACACCCUCACAGGCAGAGCUGACUGUCAUGGCCUUAUCCUCUGCAGCUUCCUCUGAUAAGGCACAAACUCCUCCAGCAGCUGGCAGCACCACCACCUCUCCAUUCACAGAGUGGACACAGCAGCUGUCGGCUCCCUCAGAAUGGGCUGUAAUCAGCGUUGACAGCGUCGCUGCCUCAGAGACAAAUGUGAGCGAUGCAGCAGCGAGAAAUGAGGCAGCGGUGGGCAGUCCGGCCACUCCAGUACCGCUGCCUUUAUCCAGAGGUUCGCCUUCAGAGCCUUGUUCGAAUGAGAGAGACAGCAGGCUGGAGCCACAGGCUACAGCAGAGAGAGCUGGAGAGGAGAUGACCUUGGUUUUACUCAGUCUAAUGGAGCACUACAGGGCCUCACUGGGCCUAACACCCAGCACUGAUAUUACCACAGGAGCAGUAGAGCUGCUUCGGCAUUUGAUAGCAGAAAGAGAAGAGCUGGUUGAAGAGGUGGAGACCCUGAAGGAGACACUCAGGACAGAGAGGUUGGAGUGGCAGCAGUUCCAGUGUGACCUACAGGUCGCUGUGUCUGUUGCCGACCGGCUCCGGGUUGAGUCAGAGCAGGCUCUGGGUUCACUCCAGGAGAGCCACAGGACUGUAAAGGAGCAGCUGGCACAGGCCCUCAGCAAACAGCAGGACACGGACCGAGAGCUAGAGAGGCUGAGAGCUGAACACAAAGACGCCUGCUGCAAACUGGCUGAACUGGAGAAGCAGCAGCAGCAGGAUCGAGCAGAGCUCGAUGCCCUCAGAGGUCAAACAUAUAAAGAUGCAGAUAAACCAGACUCUGAGGAGCAGCAGGGGGAAAUGCUUGAAGUUACAGAGGAAGCUGAAGCAGGGACAGAAGCUCAUGAAACAAAUCAAGAGGUGGAUGCUACAGAAAAAGGCUGUGAUCCUGAGGAGACAAGCGAAUCAAAAAAUGUGCAGCUGAAAGGGAAAGGGGUGGCAGAGGCAUACAUUCGCAGUUUGACUGCCCUGGAGAAGAAGAAAGGUGACGGACGUGGACAGAAAGAUCCCAGAAAGAUUGUGAUGCUCUCUGAGAGAUCCUGGAGUCUCUCUCGUCUCCCGCUUCCAACAGACUCUUUAAAUCCAAAUGGGGCUUCAAAAAACUUGAGUACAACAUUGCCACUGUGCAAGAAAGAAGAGCCGACAAAAGGGAGGCGGAUGGACCGAAUUUUACAGAGGCAGGACAGCUGGUCGAGCUUUUACACAGGAAAACGGGAUGACGAACAAAGCUCAGAUUCCUUCAAACCUCAGGAUGGUUUCAGUGCUCUGCUGAGGCGCCAUGGUGGCUCCAGGAGAAACUCCCUGCUGCGCUGGUGCCAAACUCGCACUCAAGGUUAUAAGAAUAUUGAGAUCACCAACUUCAGCAGCAGCUGGGAAGAUGGUUUGGCGUUCUGUGCUGUUUAUCACACCUAUUUACCAACUCGCAUCCCCUAUGACAGCCUGAACCCAGCUGAUAAGAAGGCAAACCUGAAGCUUGCUUUUAAGACGGGAGAGAGUGUCGGGAUCUCUGCCACACUAACAGUGGAGGAGAUGCUGAAGGCAGAAGGACCAGACUGGCAGAGGGUCUUGGGAUAUGUCGAAAGUAUUUUCCGCCACUUUGAGAUGUGAAGUCUUCCGCCUUCGUUUUUUUAUUUCUAUAAUUAUGAAUCAGGAGCUGAACCACGGAGACACAAGACGGAGCUCAGCUCUCUAAACUAAAACACGCUGGCAAUACUGGACUCCAUGACUUAAGUUUAGGUACCAGAACAAUCUUUUUCACAGAAACAAGUGGAAGAAACUAAAUAGCAUUUCACUAUCUGAGCCAUUUUUAAAAAAAAAAAAAAAAAUCUUAAACAUGCACAGAAGUUAUUCUGGAUCUGAAUACCUGGCUCGAUGAAUGUGCACAAGACACAAAUCUAAAUAUGCCAGAAAGACUGCACACUGAACUACUUCCACAUAAACUGGGUGCCAUCUGCACUGGUUUUGCACAGUUUGCCUUGGUGAAGGGGGAAAAAAAGCACUUUUGGAAAUGUAGUGUAGGUUCCAGAAUCUGGGUCACUUUAUUUAUCUCGACUAAUAUUUUUAUCCUGAACUUCUUCUGCCACAAUAUGUAUUUAUGCAUCAAAGCCUAAGAGCUGUAUAAGGUAGAUAUGUAUUCAGAUUUUAUAUGCUGGAAUAGUGAUCUUUUAACCCCAAAUCCUAUAUGUAAAAGAAAAAUUGCCUUU